ACAUUACCUUAAGAAAUGCAUUUUUUUUCACUGCCAUUUGGAAGGGUUAUUAGUGCCACCGAGUCUUUCAUUCAUGGAUUAGAUGAAAAGACAAGUGCAUCUCUAAAAUUCACUGUGCUGAACCCAAAGGGACGAAUUUGGACAAUGGUUGCUGGUGGAGGUGCUAGUGUCAUCUACGCUGACACAGUAGGAGAUCUUGGCUUUGCAAAUGAGCUUGGAAACUAUGCAGAAUAUAGCGGUGCGCCCAAUGAAGAGGAGGUUUUGCAGUAUGCCAGAGUUGUAAUUGAUUGUGCAACUGCAGAUCCUGAUGGCCAAAAAAGGGCUCUUGUUAUAGGAGGAGGCAUAGCUAACUUUACAGAUGUUGCUGCUACUUUUAGUGGCAUAAUCCGGGCACUAAAGGAGAAGGAAUCAAAGUUAAAGGCAGCAAGAAUGCACAUUUACGUAAGGAGAGGCGGUCCGAACUACCAAAAGGGUCUAGAGAAAAUGCGAGCACUUGGAGACGAAAUUGGCAUCCCGAUUGAGGUUUAUGGACCUGAAGCAACAAUGACUGGUAUAUGCAAAGAGGCAAUACAGUGCAUUACUGCUUCCGCUUAAGUAUCCAUUCAGGUCAAUGCUUCUUUAGUGUCCGUGUCAUUUACAAAUUUGAAGUGAACAUUGAUUUGUAAUUUCCUUCUCAUUCUCGGAAUUUGUACAUUUAGUUACACCGUCCAAAAAGAGUGGUUGGGAAUGUUGUCUCAGUUUUUUUCUUAUAGAAUUUUAUGGUACUGUCUUGAUACAAUAAAGAGUUUUUUCGUGUGA